GCACUGGGGCAGCACAGGAGCCUUUUAGCUGUAACCAGUGUGUCGCUCCAUGUUUACCAGUCCAACCUCCAUGUUCCUGGUUGCUGGUACAGGACAUUUCCCUCCCCCCGCAACCCUUGUCCCCAAAGUCUUGCUUACACACGCAGCACGCUUCCCUCACCCGGAUUCCCCACUAACCUCCCUGCGGCACCCUUGAGGGACACACGGGUCCAGAGGGGACCCGCUGGGCUGCAGCCAAGGCUAAGGGCGUUCCUCCUCUGCAACCCCAGGCAGAGGCGUGGGCUGAUCCCAAAGGUGGGUGCCCUUGCGCAAUGCAUAUUGGCCUGUGAGACCCAUUUAUUUAAAAGACACAAAUUUAAGGGGUGCAACUUCACACGCACGUGCAUCUGUGCGCGCAAAUGCACUCGGGCUCUGUGCAAGGUGGGGGAAUGGCUCCUUCCUGCGGCCAGCAAGCCCCCCCUGACCCCGUGCGUCCUCCCCGCAGCCUGCCCAGCCAUGGCAGCCUUGCUGAGCCGCCCCUGCUUCAUCUCCCUCCACAUGCCCUACAGGAAGGGCUGGGCCCAGGACCUGGCCAACACCUUUUGCUUCCAGCCGGUGGCCAUGCGGGAGACGCCCCGGGUCCGGCAGCUGGCCUUGCGACGGGGAUCCGCCAUCUUCCUCGUCAACGAGCGCCUGGUGCCGGGACCUGCCGGCGCCUCCUCCCGUGAUUUCCUCUACGACGUGGACCCCCGGCCCACCUUGGGCACAGCCUCCAACGUCUGCUUCGAGGUGGACGACGUGCCAGGGCUCUGCAAGCGGCUGCAGAGCCGGGGGUGCUCCCUGCCGGUGCCCCCCACCGAGGUGAGGGAUGACGGCGGCUCCGUCACCUACGGGGUGGCAAGCUCCGUCGUGGGCAACAUCAGCCAUACCCUUCUGGACCGAUCCCGCUACCGGGGACCCUUCCUGCCCGGCUUCCAGCCCAUCCAAAGAGCCCCCUCGGCCACGGGGGACGGGGUCAAGAUCACCCAUUUCGACCACAUCACAUACGUCUGCCCGCGGGGCGGCGCCCGGGCGGCUCUGGACUGGUACCAGCACUGCUUCGGCUUCCGCCGUUUCUUGCUGAACCCGCAGGAGAGGCCGGCCGAGGGGUAUGUGCUCGGGGGGCAGGGGGUGGGCAUGCUGCUCCUCGCUCUGCAGAGCGCCCAGGGCGCCCCGGCACACGGCUGCAAGCUCAUCCUCGCCGAGUCCCUCUCGAAGGACGGCACCAACCAAGUCGACACCUUCCUAGAGCAGCACGGCGGGGCCGGGAUCCAGCACGUCGGCCUCCGCACCACCGAUAUUGUCACCACGACCAGGGCUUUGCAGCAGCGGGGUGCACGGUUCUUCACACCCCCUGCCACCUAUUACACCCAGGUGGGCAAAGCGGAGGAGAUCCGGGUGGCCGGGCAGGACCCCCACAGGCUGGCAGAGCUCGGCAUCCUGCUGGACACCACAGCCCCUGGGGACAAGGGCCGGCCGGGCACUGAUGCCGCAGAGGGCCCUUCCCAGGAGUAUUUGAUGCAGAUCUUCACCCAUCCCAUCUUCUCCGAGGAGACCUUCUUCCUGGAGCUCAUUGACCGGCGGGGAGCGCCAGGCUUCGGGGAAGGCAACAUACGGGCACUGUGGAAGGCUGUGCAGGUCUAUAUGGACCAGCAGCAGUAGUGGCAACGCUGCAAUCCUCCUCCCUCAGCUCCCCAUCCUCUCCGCUCCAACCCUAGGGCAAUAGGUGGCUGUAGAGAUACCAGCGGGUGCCUGCAGCAUGACCCAGGUGGGCAGGGACCAAGGGAUGUCUCCAGGUCAACCCAGAGCCAACUCAGUGUGGGAGUGAGUUGCUUAGGGCCAAGUCCAGCGGGCUCUGAGCAUCCCCCAGGGUGGAAGGUGUUUUCUCCCCCUCCCUGGAUUCCCAGUGAUUUACUGACCUCAUGUGCAGAACUUUCUACCUUAGUUUUAUCUUAAUUUAACGAGAUUUGUGCCUGCAGCAUGGCCAAGAACACCGCAGGCACAGCAACACCCCCAGACGCAGGGGGAUGAGGGGCUGCCAGCGGGGAGUGGAUAACCCGGGGGCCAUGGACACGGCCACUUGUCACAGUUACCACCCAGAGCAUGGCUAGCCCCGGUGUGGGGCAAGUGAUGGCCUCUUGCUCCUCGCAAUUAAAAAAUUAACUUGCAA